CUAAUCAAUUAUCCACUUAAACGACAACGUUUCAUUCGUUUUCCCCAAAUCACUCAUCAUUUCAAACUCUGUAAACCCUAGAUCAAAAUUUCGCGCGAAAAGAUCUUAGAACUAUGGCGAUCGCGAGAACCGGAGUUUUCGUUGACGAUUACUUGGAGUAUGCAAACACAUUACCAGCAGAGUUGCAGAGGCUUCUCAACACCAUACGAGAACUCGAUGAUCGAUCUCAAUCAAUGAUAAAUCAAACAAGGCAGCAGACAAAGAACUGCUUAGAUAUGGCUUCACAAAACUUCAAUUAUAAAAUCAAUCAUGAAGAUGCUGACAUGGAUUUUGAGAAGACGAAGAGAGAGAUCGAAGCAAAUCAAGAUAAUGCGUUAAACCUGUGUACUGAGAAGGUCCUUCUUGCACGCCAAGCUUAUGAACUUAUAGACAGUCAUCUAAAACGUCUCGACGAGGAUCUGCACAACUUUGCUGAGGAUUUGAAACAAGAGGGGAAAUUACCAGCUGAUGAACCUGCAAUACUUCCACCGUUACCUUUAGUUCCUAAAAACGAGAAGCGGAAGUUACCGUAUAUAACACCUUAUUCUAAGAAAGUUGAUUACAGGGAUAGGGAGUGGGAUCACCGGGAUAGGGAUUUUGAGCUCAUGCCGCCACCUGGCGGUUUCAAACGGGAUUAUGCGACCCCUCUGGAGAUCGAACAACCAAUUGAUCCAAACGAACCAACCUACUGUGUUUGUCAUCAGGUUUCAUACGGUGAUAUGAUUGCAUGUGACAAUGAGAAUUGUCAAGGCGGGGAAUGGUUUCAUUACUCGUGUGUCGGGCUGACACCGGAGACGAGGUUCAAGGGAAAAUGGUAUUGUCCAACCUGCAGGCAACUUCCACUUUAACAUUUGAGUUUGUAUAUUUAUUGUAUAACCCCCUCGAUUUCGUGUGCUUCAUGGAAUUCUUGAAAGUUUAUUUUAGACAAAUUUUGGUGUAAAAGUUUAAUUUAAUAAAUUUCGGGAUCUAUAUAAAUAUAUUUUUUUACAAAGUUUUGUAAUAUUUUAAAAA